AAUAAUCUCGCACUGUACAGGAAAAGAUAACUCUAAAAAUAAUAUUGCAUAUAAACAAAGAGAAGACAAUCCUUUGAUUUUGAGCAGACGAUUUCAUUACUGAGGUGAUAUCUGCAUGUGACAAAAUUGAAAACACAGUAUGGAAGCAGAAGAUCAAGUGGUAGCUGGGGAAGUGGUCAGUGAUGAUGAAGAGGAAUCUUUAUAUCAAGACAUAGAUCUCCUUCAGAACCAUGGUAUAAAUGUUGCCGACAUAAAGAAGUUGAAACAGUCCGGAAUAUGUACAAUCAAGGGUAUUCAAAUGACAACAAAGAAAAAACUUUGCACAAUCAAAGGAAUAUCGGAGGCUAAAAUGGAAAAGAUCAAGGAAGCAUGCAACAAGCUCGCUGACCCAGGCUUUCUUACUGCCCUUGAGUAUGCUGACAAAAGGAAACAGGUGUUUCGUCUGACCACAGGAAGUCAAGAACUGGACAAACUACUUGGCGGUGGUAUAGAAAGUAUGGCAAUAACUGAAGCAUUUGGUGAAUUCAGAACGGGAAAAACUCAACUAUCACACACUUUAUGUGUGACUACGCAACUACCAGGCAAUAACGGUUACACAGGAGGCAAAGUUGUCUUCAUCGACACAGAAAACACAUUUCGACCUGACCGACUUAGAGCUAUUGCUGAUCGCUUUAAUUUGGAUCAAAAUGCUGUGUUAGACAACGUUUUGUAUGCCAGGGCAUAUACAAGUGAACAUCAGUAUGAGUUACUGGACUUCGUUGCUGCAAAAUUUUAUGAGGAAUCGGGGGUUUUUAAACUUUUGAUAGUGGAUUCCAUUAUGGCACUCUUUCGCGUCGAUUUUAGCGGUCGUGGGGAGUUAGCAGAUCGGCAGCAAAAACUUGCACAGAUGUUGUCCAGACUUCAAAAAAUAGCUGAAGAAUACAAUGUUGCCGUUUUUGUUACAAACCAAAUGACGGCAGAUCCUGGGGCAACGAUGUCUUUUCAAGCAGAUCCCAAGAAACCAAUCGGCGGAAACAUUCUUGCACACGCUUCUACAACGAGAAUCAGUUUGCGGAAGGGGAGAGGCGAAACCAGGAUUGCUAAAAUAUAUGACAGUCCUGACCUCCCAGAAAGCGAGGCGACAUUUGCAAUAACUGCCGGUGGAAUCAAUGAUGCAAAGGAGUGAACUAGAAGCAAGUCAAAAUAAAUCUUGGACUGGGGAGAAAUAGCAUAAUUUAAAUUAUUUAUUUCUGAAUGUUUUCAUUUUUCUGUUUGUAUAAUGCAAUUAUGACGUAAAUUAUUAUGAUAAAUUAAAAUAUUAAAUAAAUAC